GUGACUUCCGGCGGAAGAAGAAGCCGGUUCCGAGUUCUGGCCGACCGCAGGGCGGGAGUGGUCAGCAGCGCCUGUGUGAACUUAGCUGAUCUGAGAAGGCCUACUUCUGGUUCCAUGAAUGAUGACGGUUGAGCAGAUGCCCAUAAAGGAUUGGUACAGCAUCCUCGGGGCAGACCCAUCUGCAAAUGUGUCAGACCUAAAACAAAAGUAUCAAAAACUCGUAUUAAUGUAUCAUCCAGAUAAACAAAGUACAGAUGUACCAGCAGGAACAGUGGAGGAACGUGUACAGAAGUUCAUCGAAAUUGAUCAGGCAUGGAAAAUUCUAGGGAAUGAAGAGACAAAAAGAGAGUAUGAUCUGCAGCGGUGUGAAGAUGAUCUAAGAAGUAUAGGACCAGUAGAUGCUCAAGUAUAUCUUGAAGAAAUGUCUUGGAAUGAAGAUGAUCAAUCUUUUUAUUUGAGUUGCAGAUGUGGUGGAAAAUACAGUGUUUCCAAGGAUGAAGCAGAAGAAGUUAACCUGAUUUCUUGUGAUACAUGUUCACUAAUUAUAGAACUCCUUCAUCAUAACUAAAAUUGUUCACAACUUGAAAUACUUUAGCUGUGGUAUUUAGACAUGAUGAGAAGCCACUGAGCGUUGUCCAUUCAAGGAAAUGGAUUUUUUUUUUUUUUUUUUUUUUUUUUUGGUCAACCCUAUUAUUUGCAAAGAAAAUAUACAAUUAUCAAGCAGAGACCACCUCAGAUUAAUAGAGAAUGAUUGUAAUUAUUUAUGUAUAAGUUGUAUUCAUAAGUUGUCACAAAAAAAGACUUGGAUUGUAUUUGGUGAAUUCCCAUCUGAGAACUUUAUUAUUUCAUUUUUUUCCUUGACACAAAGUAAGAAUUUUUCUCUUUCCUAAUAUUAGCAUGUCUCCUCUUUUAAGUGGGUAACAGUAUCGUAUUUCUUUAUAGUUACUAAGUUUCUGAUCUAACAGAUAAUGUUUCUAGUUGCUAAAAUUAUAGGCAUGUUGUACACCUAGAAUCUUUGUGAAUAACAUAACCAGUUCUCCCAUAAGCAAGGGCUGGUUAUGGAUAUUCAUGAAGUUAUUAUUUCAAAGGUAAUAAAGACAAAAUGGCAAGUAUAGAAAGUGUUGACUCCAAUCUUGGCCCUUUAUUUCCAAAGCUUGUAAACACUGCCAUCUUUAAAUUUAAAUGUAAUUUAGGAAAUGGAAGUUUUUUUUAUUUUAAUUUUUAUUUCUUUUUCUAAGACGGCUUCUCACGCUGUCAACCCAGCUGGAGUACAGUGCAUGAUCUCGGCUCACUGUAACCUCCGUCUCCUGGGUUCAAGUGAUUCUCUGGCCUCAGCCUCCCAAGUAGCUGGGAUUACAGGCGCCCACCACCAUGCCCAGCUAAAUUUUGUAUUUUUAGUAGUACAGAUGGGGUUUCACCAUGUUGGUCAGGCUGGUCUCGAACUCUUGACCUCAGGUGAUCUACCUGCCUUGGCCUCCCAAAUUGCUGGGAUUACAUGUGUGAGCCACUGCGCCUGGCAUAAUUUUUGUUUAGUAGAGACGGGGUUUCAUCAUGUUAGCCAGGCCGGUCUCGAACUCCUGACCUCAAAUGAUCUGCCCACCUCAAACUCCCAAAGUGCUGGGAUUGCAGGCGUGAGCCACCGUGCCCAGCCAGUUUUAAAAAGAAUUAUUUGAAAUUGGUGUAUUAUUUUCCUUUUUAUUUGGGGUAUUAAGAUAUAGUACUGGGGCCAGGCAUGAUGGCUUAUACCUGUAAUCCCAGCAGUUUGCGAGGCUAAGGCAGGCAGAUCACCUUUGGUCAGGAGUUCAAGACCAGCCUGGCCAACAUGGUGAAACUUCAUCUCCACUAAAAAUAAUUCUUUAAAAAAUUAGCCAGCCAUGUUGUUGUGUGCCUGUGGUCCCAGCUACUCGGGAGGCUGAGGCACGAGAAUCGCUUGAACCCACAAGGCAGACAUUGCAGUGAGCUGAGACUGCACCACUGCACUUCAGCCUGGGCUACAGAGCAAGACUCUGUCUCAAAAAAAAAAAAAAAAAAAAAAAAAAAAAUUUAAUGCUUAUAUUUAUGAAGAAGGAGCCAUUGCACUGCUGCUACGAUGAAAUGAGCUUUUAUAAAGUAUUACUGACUAUAGCCGACUAUAGAUGGCAUAUGCUUUUAAAGAUGUAUUUUUCUGUGGAUUUAAUAUUCUGUAUAGAGUAUAAGUCAGAACUCAUUUAAAUAACUUUAAGGGAUUUUACCUAAUUUCAAAUGAGUGGGAUGAGCAUGUAGCUUAGCAGCUUUUUAUCAAUCCUGGCAUUGUUAGAUUGAACUUAAGAAUAGUUACUAUUCUGACUUGUAAAUGUAGCUGCUAAAGUAUGAAGCAUAUUUAAGAAGAGCAGAAGAACAAGAAUUCAAAAGUCAGAUAGUCAUUUAGGUUCCUCCUCCCAAAGUAUUUUUGCAUCAUAAAAUUUAGAUGACUUUUGGAUUACAUUUUUAUUCAUAUAUAUUGAACAGAACCUGCAGAGUGUGGGUUGAUUAUUCAUUACAUUUAACAAUUAAAAACAACUAAAACUGAAUAGCAAAUAGUUUAUUGGUAAGUACAUGGUUUCAACAGGAGUAAUAAAUUCACAUUAACAGGAGACAAGUCAAAAGAAUAAAUGCUUACUAAUUAUCAGAAAAUCUGUGGCUAUUAGGGCUGGCACGUAAAAAUCCAAAAUCACUCAGAGGCCAAAUCUGUAAAAUCAAAAUGAGGUUGAAGACAAUUAGUGAAAGUAAUGUCACAGUAUCAUCAUAUUCCCAUUUGCUAUCUGUCCCUUUUCUCUGUGCCAGAUAAACACUUCUCCUUACUCAUCAAUCAAGAAUAAAAUUUUCUACAUCAAAGACUUGAGAAAAUAAACUUAUAUGUAUGUAUGGUUAAACUCCAAAGUUUGGAACAUUCAAACAUUAUACAUAAAAUUAUAUGUGUGUGGUGUGUGAAUACAUAUGUAUGAAUAUA